AUGGUUCCCAACAUCCUUAACGCCGCCACCGGCCUUCUCGCCUUCGCCGCAGUUGGCACUGCUCAGUGCAACCUCCCAUCGUCGUACAAGUGGACCUCGUCUGGUGUUUUGGCCACCCCUAAGAAUGGCUGGGCCUCGCUGAAGGAUUUCUCCGUUACUAGCUACAACGGCAAGAAGCUCAUCUACGGUUCAAACUACAACGGCAAGAGCUAUGGUUCUAUGGUCUUUGGCGGUGUCAGCGACUUCUCUCAACUGUCCGGAGCAUCCCAGACCGCCACCAGCUUCAACGCUGUAGCCCCCACCGUCUUCUACUUUGCUCCCAAGAAGGUCUGGGUUCUUGCGUACCAGUGGGGUCCUACCACUUUCACCUACCGCACAUCAACCGACCCCUCCAACGCAAACUCAUGGGGAGCGGCCCAGCCCCUCUUCUCUGGAAAGAUUACAGGGUCUGACACUGGUGCGAUUGACCAGACUGUUAUUGGUGACGCCAACAACAUGUACCUGUUCUUCGCCGGUGAUAACGGCAAGAUCUACCGUUCUUCGAUGCCCAAGGGCAACUUCCCCGGCAACUUCGGUACUGCUUCCACCGUCGUUAUGUCCGACACCAAGAACAACCUCUUCGAGGCCGUUCAGGUCUACACCCUCAAGGGCCAGCAGAAGUACCUCAUGAUCGUCGAGUCUAUCGGUUCCGGUGGACGUUACUUCCGCUCCUACACCGCUACCAGCCUUAGCGGAUCCUGGACUCCCCAGGCUACCAGCGAGCAGAACCCCUUCGCCGGCAAGGCCAACAGCGGCACCACCUGGUCUAACGACAUCUCCCACGGUGAUCUUUACCGUGAGAACAAUGACGAGACCAUGACUGUCGACCCUUGCAACCUGCAGUUGUUCUUCCAGGGUCGCGACCCCAAGAACCAGCCCUCCGACUACAACGCGCUUCCUUACCGCCCUGGUGUCCUUACGCUCAAGAAGUAGAGCGUUGGCAUGGUUUUCUUCGUCGAGAAAAGUGCUCCAGAGCCAGGGGCUUGGUGCUCGGGAGUGUCGACACUCUCAAGAAAGCUCUUUUCCUUUAUCUUUUCUAUGCGGUGAGGAAGUGUGGUGACUGUCGCUCCUUUCAACCUGCUCUGUAAAUAUUUUACCUUCUAGCAGGCUUGCCACUUUGUCAAACCUGCAAUAAAUACUUUUGUCCUGUCGCACUCAAA